GAGAGAGGAAGGAGGGCCCGACUGACGUCUUAGUCUGCUGCCAUCCGAGUAGGACGGUUCAGGUCCCCGCGAAUAGCUGCACGUGGCUUCUUGAUGGCAACAGGAGAAGUGGCUGUAGGAGCAAUAGAGCGGCUAUGAAGAGGCCUAACAUUUUACUCACAGGAACGCCUGGUGUUGGGAAAACAACGCUAGGCAAAGAGAUAGCUCUGAGAACAGAUUUUACAUACAUUAAUGUGGGGGAUAUGGCUAAAGAAGGGGAACUAUACGAAGGCUUUGAUGAAGAAUAUGAAUGCCCAAUAUUAGAUGAAGACAGAGUUAUUGAUGAAAUGGAAGAUAAGAUGCAGGAUGGAGGUGUCAUAGUUGAUUAUCACAGCUGUGACUUCUUUCCUGAACGCUGGUUUAACAUAGUAUUUGUGCUUCGCACUGAAAAUUCUUUUUUGUAUGACAGAUUAGAAAACAGAGGUUACAAAGGAAAAAAGCUUCAAGACAAUAUUCAGUGUGAAAUCUUUCAGACAAUUUAUGAAGAGGCCAUGUCAUCCUAUAAAGAAGAAAUUGUACAUCAGUUGACUAGUAAUACUCCAGAAGAUAUGGAACGGAAUUUAGAUCAAAUUAUACAGUGGAUUGAACAGUGGAUAAAAGACAACAACUAAUUUUUGAAAAAAAUAUUUACAAUGAUAAAUAGAAGUUGUGUUUUCCUUCAUUGAAGAAACAAUAAUAGUUGCUUCAUUCAGGAUGAAAAUUAACAAGGAGGCCACUGAAUUUUCUAUUUUAUGCUGUGUUCUUUAUUUAGACUAUGAAAGCAGGUAUCAGACAUUAAAGGGUUAAGAAUUUAAAAAUCUGAAAAAUUGGGUAUCCAAUAUCCAAUAAUAAAAAUAUUUGUAAAGAUAAAAAAUAUUUCCCUAGAUAAUAUUGCUGCCAAAAUCUUAUUCCUGUACAAAGUUUUAUUAAUGCAGCGGAUCUUCUGAGAUUCAUUUCUAAACAUGGGACCAUGCAAUUUAAUAUAUGAACAUAAUUUUAGUUAUUAAUUUAUUAACAUGGUGUAAAUAGAUAAGCAAAUUUGUAUCCGUGUCUAUGUUUUUGUUGAUUUGUUGCUGUUUAGUAAACUACUUUGCUAAGCUUAUUUCUUGUUACGUUUAGAAGACAUCCUCAACCCAGAUUCAUGAACUCAUUUCUGGAUAAAUGCUGAUGGCAUUUUGCAAGAUUUUUGAAACAAAUAGGUUAUAUGUAUCCAUAACUACAGUGAUCCAAGAAGUGUGCGAUGCUAUUGCUUGUAUCAUGUUUUUCUAUUCUCUGCCCUAGCCUGGAUCAUAAUAAAUAUUACCAGAAUUCAUUAUCCUA